UUUCCGAACGAAAUGUCAGCAACGGCGGCUGGUCUUAUCCUACCGGUUAUAGGAUUUUCCUGCUCCAGAUUACGAUGCUCGGCCCAAACUCCCGCCAUCAGAGUCGACUUUCCACCCCACAAAUCUGUGCACUGGGAUAGCAGAAAUACCACCAUGAACGGCGUUGUUGCGGCUCGAAUCAAUGCAGACGACGACGAUCAGGGCGGUCUUGCGCCGCUCGAACAAGAAGCUCUGAUAAACGACUCCAUAAUCGUGGCAGCUUCUCGACUUGAAGCCACUCUGAAUAACACGAGUAAGUGGCUUUUUGCUGUGCUUUUUGGUUUAACCUUGGUCUCGAAACAUGAUGCACAAGCACUUUGGGCUUCUAUAGGUUCUGUUCUCAAUUCUCUUCUGUCAUACAUCCUGAAGAGAAUACUGAACCAGAGACGGCCUGUUCCUACCUCAAGAUCAGAUCCUGGAAUGUCGUCAUCACAUGCACAGUCAAUCUUCUAUAUCGUCACAUUUACUACCAUCUUGAUGAUUCAAAGUUUUGGACUGAGUGGACUCACAGCAGCACUCGGUGGGCUCAUCUUUGCACUUGGCUGUUACUUUUCAUGGCUACGGAUUUCACAAAAGCUUCAUACAACUAGCCAAGUAUUUGUGGGUGCUAUGGUAGGGUUUGGCUUCUCCAUUUUGUGGUUCUGGUUAUGGGAUACAAUUAUGUUGAAGGCAUUUCAAUCUCUCGUUUGGUUCCGGACUAUUGUUAUUCUUUCUGCUGCUGGGUUAUGCUCCGGCUUUCUUGUUUAUGUUAUUCGAUAUUGG